CCAUAAUCCAGAAACUAAAAAGAUAUGGCUACCUCAAGUUCCUCUCAAGCAUUGGUUUAGACCUUCUUCAAGUGAUUCAGCAACCAUGAUUGGAGGGCAGGUUACAACAAGUAGAUCAUUGUCGGAAAGUUCUACUAGGGGGGAUAAUGAUAACUUAACUCUCAACAAAAAUAGUUCAUUGGACUUGGAGGAAGCGGAAAAUCAAGAGGAAUUCGAAAAUAAUAGAGAAAUUUACGCAUGCCCUUCAAACCGUAAUAACAAACCAUGUCCACGGGAUCCCGACUUUGACGUACCUUCUUCAAGACUUGAACGUUGCUUUAGUCGCAUAAGUAAUAUUCUUGAUUGGACCUAUAGUAUGGAAACCCUAUUUGCAUUUAAAACAGCUGCAGGAUUUAUACUUUUAUCGUUACCCGCUUAUCUUUCUCAGAGCGUAGGGUGGUUUACUGGAUGGGGAGGUCAAUGGGUUGCUAAUGCCCUGAUUAUGUGGAUUUUUCCUAUGGCAGGCAUGUUCAAUUUCACGGUUAUUCUAGGAUUAUUGGGAACAGUUAUUGGUGCUCUUUUAAGUAUCAUUGUAUGGGAGAUUGUUCGAGGAAAUCCUUAUGGAAUUGGAAUUCUAUCAUUUAUUAUGGUUUUUGUGCCGUUUCAGUACAUGCUCCUGACAAGCCGGAUUUAUAGCUUUUUGGCAAUCAUGACUUUAUUUGCUUACUUAAUGGUUAUUACUACGGGUUAUCAAGAGGCAGUCGGGGGAGCUCUUAAACAUGACUCUAUUGAAAUGGCAGCAGGAAAGCGAUUGCUAUUUGUUCUGUUGGGCAUACUUGGUGCUACUAUAGUAAAUUGGUUUCCUCGUCCGGUUACUGGUCGUGUUGAGCUUCGUAAACGGAUUUCUAAAACUUUUUACGAUCUCAGCAUGUUAUACGGAAUUAUAUUUGCCGAUAUUCUUAUUUCUAAAAGAGUACCUUUAGACCAGGUUAAAGCAUUCAAAAAAUUAACCGUACGUAUACAAAGGCAGCUUAAAGACGAGGGGACGUAUUUGAAUCUAUCCAAAUUAGAACCUUCACUUAAAGGCAAAUUCCCUUUUGAAACGUACUAUAAACUGCUAAUAAGAUUAAACAAUAUGGCGGACUUGGUCGAGGGCAUUGCUUAUGCAUCAUCCUCAAUGGAUAAAACAUGGAGACUCGGCCUUAUUCAAGUGUUGGAUGAGGAACAAUUUGAUUAUGUCGCAUAUAUCUUACACAUUAUGAGAUCCCUUUCAACAACGCUGGUGACAAAAAUGCCCUUGCCGCCAUAUAUGAUGUCAUUGAAGAGCCUAAAUGAUAAACUCGAUGCCAAACUGUGUGCAGCCUUGCAGAAGCAUCCGGAGCAACUCUACAACGAGACAUUUCCCAGUUACUGUGCAUAUUCAAUAGCAUCUUCAAACUUCACUGAGGAGCUUAUUGCUGCUUCAGAGUGUGUCGAGGAGUUAGUUGGAGUCGAGAAUCCAGAGAAGUGGCUCAACAUAAAUUCUUUUUAG